CGACACUUUCAACAAAUCUUAUGUGAACCUCAGGAUAUCAGAUAACACAGCUAUGGUGGUUCAAUGUGCGUGACCUAAUGUGUGUAAGAGUCUGUGUAUAAAGGGUGGGGAGAAAGAGAGCACCUGAGAUUAAAGGCAGGGAAGAACUCUCUCCUCCUUUUUCUUUUAAUGCAAGAAGAAACAAAACGCAUAACAUGCAAAGAAGCACCAGGAUGAGGUCUGGCUGGAUGAAAGGAUCACUCCUUGCCUUUACCGUGGCUGCUGCUCUGUUAUACCUCGGCUCCAUUAAGCGGGAGGUUCAUACCCAUUCGGAGAGACUCCAGAAGGCUCACCACAAUGACUCCAUCAGGGGUAAGGGAAUGCUCAAAAGGAUAGUCAAGAUGGAAACCAACAUCAACAAGCUGUUCGAUCUGAUGAAUAAACUUGAAAAGAAGGAACCGGUAAAACGGAACAACGCAGAGGUGAAGAAGGAGAAGAAAGUGGUGAGGAAGUUGUACCCAAACUCGUAUCUGUUCAGCAAGUGGGGCGAUGAGCUGUCGGAGGAGGAGCAGAAGGAAGCCGAGACGUUGUUUCAGAGUUACGGCUACAACGCCUUCCUCAGUGACAGGCUGCCCCUCAACAGAGAGAUCCCUGACACCAGGCCGCGCAGGUGUGCUGAGAAAAAGUACCCCGAGGAUCUGCCUUCCAUGAGCAUCGUGUUAAUUUACCUGGAUGAAGCUCUUUCUAUCAUCAAAAGGGCCAUCCGCAGCCUCAUAGACAAAACACCAGCUCGGCUGCUGAAAGAAAUCAUACUGGUGGACGACCACAGCAGCAAUGAGGAUUUAAAGGAGAAACUGGAUGAUUACAUUUCCUCUAUCCACGAGGAGCGUCCAGGCCUGGUGAAGACAGUCAGGCACUCGGAGCAGCUCGGCCUCACCCAGGCCAGACUGUCGGGAUGGCGGGUUGCUAGGGGGGACGUCGUGGCCAUCUUGGAUGCUCACAUAGAAGUCCAUGUACAAUGGGCAGAGCCGCUGUUGGCUCGGAUUAAAGAGGACCGCACCGUGAUAUUGACACCAGUGUUCGACAAAGUCAAUUUUGAUGACUUGACACUGAUUCCCUACAUACCUGCAGCAGACGCCUUCGACUGGGCUCUGUGGUGCAUGUACGAGUCCUUCAGACCCGAGUGGUACGCUUUAAAGGACAAUUCCCUCCCUGGAAAAAGCCCCUCCAUCAUGGGGAUUCUUGUAGCUGAUCGGAAGUUUUUUGGAGAGAUCGGAAGCCUUGAUGGUGGAAUGAAAAUAUACGGUGGCGAGAAUGUGGAGCUCGGCAUCCGGGUGUGGCUGUGUGGAGGAAGCAUAGAGGUUAUACCUUGCUCUAAAAUUGCCCACAUUGAGCGGGCCAAAAAGCCUUACCUCCUAGACUUCAGUAAAAUGGUGAAGCGUAAUGCACUGAGGGUGGCGGAGGUCUGGAUGGAUGAAUAUAAAUACAAUGUCAACAUUGCUUGGAACCUUCCCCUAGAGAACCAUGGCAUAGACAUUGGGGAUGUGUCCGAGAGGAAAAAGCUGAGAGAGAGGCUGAAUUGCAAGCCCUUUAAGUGGUAUCUGGAUAAUAUUUACCCCCAGCUGGACCCUCUGCAUGACCUGCUAGGUUAUGGAACGCUGAUCAAUAAUCUGAAGCCAGAUAUCUGCAUUGACCAAGGCCCAAUGCCUGGGAACACACCCAUUAUAUAUGGCUGCCACUCCUACUCCCCUCAGCACUGUUAUUAUCGCACCAAUGGACAACUAUACAUUGGUGGAAUCAAAUCUCACAAGUACAACAGCAACCGCUGUCUGGUGGACCCCGGCACUGGAGUCUACCCGGGACUCUACGAGUGCAAAACAGCCAAGCAGAAGAAAUUCCACAUGUUGUGGGAUUUUAAACAGGAUGGACCUAUCCAGAACAGAAAAACAAAGAGAUGCCUGGAACUUGCGAUUGCUGAUCACAGCUAUUACACACUUGUUGUUCAGCAGUGCACUGGUCAGAGCUGGAAGAUACAACAUGUCAUCAAAGACCAAAGCAUGCUGGCCAGGGCAGAGACGGCAAGAUAACAAACGUGCCAUUGUGGCACAAAACGGCAUCUCAGAGAAGGAUCUGGGAUGAGUUUACAUUUUGCAUGAGUUAAUAUUUUCAUUUAAUUCUUGUCUUUGCCUAAAAUAUGAGCUGCAAUUGCGUGGCAAGUUCCCUUUUCUUGGUUUUGAAUAAAAAAUGUCAACAUUUGCUAUGACGGAUUGUGUGGGGAAAAAAGAUUGCAUGUGGACAGCUUUGAACGACGCAGAGCAGGACUGAAUGUAUGUGGAUCGCAUUUCUUACCAGCAAGCUACUUUAGCGUUACGUUUCUUUGUAGCGGUUUCAAGACAAGAAAAACAGUUCAGAAACUUCUAUGAGAGUUUUAUCAAUUACAAAGAUACAGUAGUUCCAAUGAAGCCUAUAGAUGUUUUAGUUUAGCGUUAUUAUAAUCAUCAUUCAAGUGGGAGAAGAAUUCGGGUUGGUUGUCAUGAAUGAUUAAAGAUGAAGGCGUCCCAU